AUGGACACGCUUCGGGUUUCCUCUCCGACCUCAUUGUCGUCGCUAGUGUUAUCCCCGAUACGAGCGCCUUCGUUAGUGUCGCCUAAUCUCGGCGCAGUUCCGGGUUUGGCCCCGCGCCUUUGCAUCUCUGCCGCCAUCCACCAUUCGGACAGUAGCAGAGCACCUUUCUGCGAAGCUUCCGCGCUGUCGCACCGCCAUGCCUCCCCGCUCUCCGUCCCUCUCCCCCCUCGCAGCAUCUGCCACGCGCCGAAAAGACCAAUCACCAGACGCCACGUGGCGACGAAAGACGCAGUGGACGCCAGCGGCGGCGGCGGCGGCGGGAGCGGGGAGGAGAGUGACGAGGACGAGGAGGUGGCGACGUUGGUGCGAGGGAUGACUUUCGCGGAAUUGUGCGACGACUUCGAGUGCGUGAGCAGCCCCGCCGUUGAGCGAACGGCGAAACAGUUGGCGAGAGACAUUCACGACAUGCGCGAAGACAAGAGGACGCUGUCGUGUUUCGCCAUCGACUCUAAAUACUCGGACUCGAUUCGGUCCUUCACGGGUCGCGAUAAAUACCGCCGCCUUUCGUGGAUCCGCAGCGCACUUCAGAACUCCUCAGUGCACAUGCUGGGAAUGUCAAUGGAGUCAACGAGUGUCCUCGUGAUUACCUGGCAGCUGCGCGGGUACCUCGUCAUCCCGGGCGGCUUACUGGACGCGCGAGUGACGUCAACGUUCACGCUCAACCAGAUCAGCGGCCAGGUCAUCAACCACCGCGACCAAUGGGACGUCGCCAGCUCAGCGCUGCCCAUCCAGCUGGCGUUCUGGGCGUCGCGCCUCGCGUGGUCCACAUCGGAGGCGAUUAAAGACGUGACGGAGAAGUCAGAGGAGGGGAGCAAGAGCGGAGGUGGCGACUCGAAUUAUAUUUAUCCGCACCCGUCGGGCGACCCUAGACGAUUCAUCCAGCAGGGCGACCCCAACAAGGACCUCUACCAGGCGGCCUUCUUCAUCGCGCUGCUCUACCUGGUCGUGCAGGCCGUGCAGCUCAUCAUCUGA